GCUUCACUUGUCCAUCUAUAAACAAACCGAUAUUUCUACACUGUGAUGGCAUCUCCGAGAAGUCAUCGGAGAGUAAUCGAGGAGAGGAAUCGGAAGGGGAAGUUAUCGGAGAAAUCCAUGUCGUUUCAAGGAUAUAUCCCAGGGAGCACUUCAGAGAUAUCACGAAGAAUUAGGACUGUUCCAGACUUGUUCUCCGGCAAGGGAUCCGCCGCCGGUUCUGUGCCGGAUUUACAGGUUAGGCCGAAGUUGACGAAGUUGCUGUUGAAUGUGACGAUUCAGCGCAGUCCAGGCCCUGUACAGGUGCUAAUAUCACCGGAAUCAACCGUUCAUGAUCUCAUCGCCGCCGCUGUACGGCAAUACUCCAAGGAAGGAAGACGUCCGGCACUUUUCUCCACGGAUUUCUCCGAUUACGAUCUUCACUACUCGCAGUUUAGCUUAGCCAGCUUGGACAGGGCAGAGAAGUUGAUGGCGUUGGGAACAAGAAACUUCUUUUUGUGCCCAAAAAAGUUAGGCGCGGAAACUUCGAUGUGCAGUGACUUAACGGCGUCGUCUUCAAGAUGUAAAAAAGAAGCUCAAACUGAAAUCAGUAUAGAUUUGCCUUGGCCUAAAUUCAUGGAUUUCAUGCUCUGAAUAAUAUUUACAGCUUCACAACUUGGUUACUUUUUUUU